CACAAUGCCUGGUUACUCCUGCAAGAUGAUGGAUUGAUGAUGAUGAAAGCAGAGUGCAGGACCAGUCACAGAGCUGGAUUGGUCAUAAUGUGCUCGUAAUGUGCUCAUUUUUGCUCUGGAUCCCAAGGUCCCCCCGACAGCUCUGUUCAUGACAGCGAGGUACCUUGAUAUCAAAUACUUUACCCCUCCAUCCUCGUCUUCUCGUCUCUUCUCCCACCUCUCUGCGCUCAGCAUUCACAGCACUCACAGAUUCACACACACCCCAGUUUCAGAUCCAGACUCGCAUCACCAACACCAUGGCACACCAAUACACGCUCCCACCCCUCCCCUACGCCUACGAGGCCCUCGAACCCUACAUCUCCCAACAGAUCAUGGAGCUGCACCACAAAAAGCACCAUCAAACCUACGUCAAUGGCCUGAACGCCGCGCUCGAGGCGCAGAAGAAAGCCGCGGAAACCAACGACGUCCCCAAGCUCGUCUCCGUGCAGCAGGCGAUCAAAUUCAACGGCGGUGGCCACAUCAACCACUCCCUCUUCUGGAAGAAUCUGGCCCCGGAGAAAUCCGGAGGGGGCAAGAUCGAUCAGGCACCGGUCCUCAAGGCGGCCAUCGAGCAGCGCUGGGGAUCCUUCGAUAAGUUCAAGGAUGCGUUCAACACGACCCUGCUGGGCAUUCAGGGCAGCGGAUGGGGUUGGUUGGUGACCGACGGACCCAAGGGAAAGCUGGACAUUACCACGACCCACGAUCAGGAUCCGGUGACGGGGGCGGCGCCCGUCUUUGGGGUGGAUAUGUGGGAGCAUGCUUACUACCUUCAGUACUUGAACGACAAGGCCUCGUAUGCCAAGGGCAUCUGGAACGUGAUCAACUGGGCUGAAGCGGAGAAUCGUUACAUAGCCGGUGACAAGGGUGGACACCCGUUCAUGAAGCUAUAGCUCAGUAGACUGUAGACUUGUAGUCUUUCAUCGAUGCAAGACACAGCAAGACCAAAUGAAUCUUAAU